AUGUGCGGAACGAAUGUGGACCUGUCAAACGAAGGAAGCGGGUGUGUAAAUCAGCUUGGUGGGAUGUUUCUGAACGGCAGGCCGCUUCCAGCUUAUAAAAGGAGGAAGAUGAUCGAACUGGCAUCGGAAGGUGUACGCCCAUGCGAGAUCUCCAGAAUUCUGCAGGUGUCAAAUGGCUGCGUCAGCAAGAUCCUGGGCAGGUACCACAAAACUGGCCUCCUGGACCCGAAGGAGACCGGAGGAAGUAGACCUCGACUCCUCACCCCCGAAGUCAUCUCGAAAAUAAUCGAAUGCAAGACGGAAAACCCAACAAUAUUCGCCUGGGAAAUCAGAAAAAAGCUCGCGGCCGAAAGAAUCUGUAAGUCGGCCAAAGUUCCCAGUGUGUCCUCUGUAAACCGAAUUCUCAGGAAGAUACAACUCGACUCUGCGAUGUUGAGUGUGGAUAUUUCUACGCACCACCCCAGAUACCCAGGUCUUCCAGUGGAGACCCCAACGCAGUUAGUAGUGAAGGAGAGGGAGGAGAUGGAGACAGUUGAGGUGAAGGAGCCUCCAGGGCCCCAACAUCGCAACCGCACCACCUUCACCCUGGAGCAGUGCAGAGUAUUAGAGCAAGAAUUCACACGGAGCCACUACGCAGACAUGUUCACCAGGGAAAAACUGGCAUCUGAGAUCCAACUUCCAGAGGACACCAUCAAGGUGUGGUUCUCAAACAGAAGGGCAAAAUGGAGUCGGGAAGGCAAGCAUAAGAGCAGUGUCCACGGAGCACAUACUUCAAUUCUGAUGAACCAAAAGAACAAAGAUUUCCCUUCAGUGAAUUCGAUGAGAACAACCAACUCAAUGACUCAACAGACACACUGGAGGCAGAGGGAGGGUUUGGGAGUACAGUUUGACACUUCAUGCUCAGAAAUCUCCCAGAGAUAUGGUCCAGCUACUACAAUAGAGAGAGGUACAGGAGGAACAGAAGUGUUGGGCUACAGAGGUAUCUCCAUUCCUCUUCCAUCCUCAUCCUCUCAAUACUCAGGCAGCACCACGUUCCCAUUGGUCCAUCCCCAGGACGAGAGGACUCCAUUAGCUCACCAUGCAGAGAGAUUCACGUUCCCAUUGGCUCAUCAUUACACAGACGUGAGGACAGUCUUCCCAUUGGCUCAUCAGACUGAGAGGAUGGGACAUUCACUGAACUAUCAUUGGAAUGAGGGGACAGAUUUCCAAUUGGCUCAUCACCAAACAGAUGAAAGGUUUCUAUUGGCUCAUCACAGGGAGAGGACUGGUGGUCCAUCGCUUAUGGGACAUAAUGUGUCUCCCCUUUUCUCGCAUCAGUGAAUGUCAGAGGCAAACAUUUAUACACACACACACAGCUCUAUGGCUCUGCUGAUUACUACUGGGCAGGGUAUGCAACAGAAUCAGCACAAAGACAUUCCAAU